CGGGCCGAGUACGACGCGCACACGUCGCGACACACACACAAGCAAACAUGAGGAGUAGUGCACAGUUCGCGGUUUUAUUCGCCUGCGUGGCUUACGCCAGCGCCGGCAUCCUGCUAGAGCAUGCGCCCGCGUGUCCAGAGCAAUAUGGAGUUCAGGCGUACGCGCACCCCGAGCUCUGCGACCAGUUCUUCCUGUGCACCAAUGGCUCUCUGACGGUGGAGACCUGUGAGAAUGGCCUGCUGUUCGACGGUAAGGGCGCCGUCCACAAUCACUGCAACUACCACUGGGCUGUCGACUGUGGCAACAGGAAAGCUGAUUUAACUCCUCUCUCGACUCCCGGCUGUGAGUAUCAGUUUGGCAUCUACCCUGACAGCAGCGAGUGCUCCACCAGCUACAUCAAGUGCGCCUACGGAAUCCCUCAGCAGGAGCCCUGCACCCCUGGUCUGGUCUACGACGAGCGUAUCCACGGCUGCAACUGGCCUGAUCUCCUCCAGCCUUUCUGCAACCCUGAAGCUGUCGUCGGCUUCAAAUGCCCAACGAAAGUACCAGCCAACUCACAAGCCGCCAAGUUCUGGCCAUUCCCCCGUUUCCCCGUUCCUGGAGACUGUCACAGGCUCAUCACAUGUGUAGAAGGCCACCCUCGUCUCAUCAGCUGCGGAGAAGACAAGGUCUUUGAUGACCAGAGCCUGACCUGCGAAGACCCAGAACUUGUCCCUCACUGUGGUCACGCGUGAGAGGAUUCAAGCAACUUUGUAUCAUAAGACGAAAACGAUAGGGAUGAAAAUAGGAUAAAAGAGGGUUGGAGUAUUGGUUGUGUAAGAAUUAGAAUUAAUGUUACUCAAUUAUCAAAAAGAUAUUUUCCGAAUUGAGUAAUAUUACUUACUUCUUUAUCCGUUGAGUAACGUCAAAUUAAUUUCUGUAAAUAAUUGUUACCAUGUCUUAAGAAAUUGUACCAUUUCAGUUUUGCUUUUUAUGUAACUAAUUUGGUUUCGUAAAGGGACAAUCAACAAAACUGUUUUAUGCAUAAGAACAAUGCAAAUACAUAUCUUUGAGUACUACCUAUAGCUACAUAACUUUUCGAAUUGUAUACAAAAGGAACACAAAACCCUGUUGUCGAUUGUACAUUACUCUUUUUAGCAUUAGACGCACGAACAGACAAACAAACGUUUUCGUUUUGUGAUACAUUAUUUUUAUAUUAAUUUAAUGUCACAGAAUGAUUGGAAAUAUGUUUCCACCGAGUGCUAUUUAUUCUUUAAUCCCUAAACUCAGUGUGAUCCAGUAUAAACACGCUAAAACGAACGAUUUGCCAAAAACAGUCGAUUCAAGAGUGAUAUUAGUUACCAUAGUUAUUGUUAAACAAUAGAAUCGUCAAUUGUAUGUAUUUUUCCUGUAGAGUUUUUUUCUGUAAAUAUUAAUACUGAUGAAAUAGUGGAAAUGUAAAUAGAAAGUUGUGAGAGAAGAGAAAUAUAUUUAAUUAAUUAAA